AGGAAACGAUAGCGCUGGCUCGCUGACUGUAAUCGGGUAGCUAAACCAGGACAGUCUGAGCGCUGUUGUUGGUAAACCCUUCAAAAGAAAACCAAGUCAGAAUGUAGAAGAGGAAGCCCGGGUGGGGAGUUGCCACUGUUCCGCAGUGUUAUGAGGAAAACUGUCAACGGCGGCAAGAACAUUCUUGUCCAUAUUUGCUCGGACGCGCGUCUUGCCCGAUAAACAUCCGAAAGCGCAAUGGUAAAAUUUGAGCGUAAUGAAAUGACUAUGGGACACUCAAAAGUUAAUCAUCUGUGAGUGUGGCAUUUACACGUCUGUAUAAGACUAUAGUAGUUCUAUGCUGACUCGAUGUCGGGCGGUUUGACUCCCGACUGCUAAUUGGAUAGAAAAGAAAUCCGAAACAGUCACUGGUGAACAGCAUUAGGAACAUUCGUCCCACUGUUUCCGUCGGAAAAUAACCAUAUACGGAACAAAAUAGUAAUUUUCAAUAAGCCAGAAUGCUGUCCAACGCGCAAAACAUGAACGAGGCUGGGCAGCACCCACUUAACCAACAAAUCACCCAGGUAAAGCCGACCCCCCAGGUGAAGAAGAACGCAAUAACCGACGACUACAAAGUUACGAAUCAAGUACUUGGAAUGGGCAUCAAUGGCAAGGUGCUGGAAAUAUUUCGAAAGAGCAACGGCGAAAAGUCCGCGUUAAAGAUGCUACAGGAUUGCCCGAAAGCACGGCGGGAAGUGGAGCUCCACUGCAAAGCCUCCUGCUGCCCUCAUAUCGUCGGCAUCGCAGACGUCUACGAGAACCUCUACCAGGGCAAGAAGUGUCUCCUCAUGGUCAUGGAAUGCAUGGACGGAGGGGAGCUGUUCAAUCGCAUCCAGGAGAGAGGAGACCAGCGAUUCACAGAGAGAGAGGCCUCUGAGAUAAUGCGGAGUAUUGGAGAAGCCAUUCAGGCCUUACACGCCAUCAAUAUUGCACACAGGGAUGUCAAGCCGGAGAACCUCCUGUACACCUCAAAACGACCAGACGCUGUGCUGAAACUUACCGACUUUGGUUUCGCCAAAGAAACAACCACACACAACUCCCUCGCAACACCCUGCUAUACGCCUUACUAUGUAGCUCCUGAGGUCCUUGGGCCUGAGAAAUAUGAUAAAUCCUGUGACAUGUGGUCCCUGGGGGUCAUCAUGUACAUACUUCUAUGUGGCUAUCCCCCUUUCUACUCCAACCACGGCCUCGCCAUGUCCCCUGGCAUGAAAAAGAGAAUCCGUAACGGCCAGUAUGAGUUCCCCAACCCUGAGUGGUCAGCGGUGUCAGAGGAAGCAAAACAGCUGAUCAAGCUAUUGCUGAAGACAGAACCCACACAGAGGAUGACCAUCACAGAGUUUAUGAACCACCCAUGGAUUAAACAGUCGAUGGAGGUUCCCCAAACCCCUCUCCACACGAGUCGCGUCCUGAAUGAAGAGAAGCACGUUUGGGAAGAUGUGAAGGAGGAAAUGACAAGUGCCCUGGCAACCAUGAGAGUGGACUACGACCAGAUCAAAAUCAAAACGAUCGAAGACUCGAGCAACCCGCUUCUGGCAAAGAGGCGGAAGAAAGCCAGCAGUGCGUCAUAAGAACCACAUGGGGCUUCGAAACACACGCUCACACACACAAAUAAACACAAACAUACCCAUACACAUAGUAUGAUCUUAAACACCACUCCUUCACGUCCAGCAAUAAAGGUCGUAUUUGAGUAUGGAAGAUUACGUAUCUAACCCCACAAGGCAAGCGAGCUACACACUGAACUACUUUACUACCUGCAGCUGUUUUCACUGAGAUUUUAUAAUCGUGUUGCUGUAAUGUAUAAUCGUCCUACAGUAUAUACUCUGCUCCUUAUACGUUAACACUGCAGUCCUCACGCUGAGUUCCCACAAACACAUGUUGAAUGCUUGUCUGGGUUCUUGCUCUGCUUUGUCCUCUUAUAUCUCUCAAUGAAAAAAAUAAUGUCACGUCCAGUGUCACAUCCGAAAACAACUCACCACACACUGUUAAUUAAAACGGCUGUUCUAA